UGUGUGCACACACACACACACACACACACACAAGCUACUAAUUCUGGAACUCUACCCCAAGAGGCCCCCCAGAUGAGAACUCUAGAUCUUAGGCCUUAAAUCUGUAGACCCAGUUAGAGAUCUAACAUUUAGCUCUUCUGUUCUCCCAGGAGCUACUUGAUAAGAAGGAUAUUAAUCUAUUCAGUAAAUGGGGUAAUGGAGUCAGAGCAGAUUGGUUAUUUGCCCAGGUCAAACACUGAGGAAGCGAAGGCAAAAGUCCCAGUUUCUAGGGACCUAAUUCUGAGCUUUUUUCAAAGGAUUCUAUGCAUUUCUGAUAGGAAAAGCAGUGUAUUCUGUUAUAAAACCAGUUUCUUCCAGAAUUUGAUUCUUCAGAGAGAGGACAAUGACAAUUACCCCCUUAUUAACCAAGAAGGUUCUGGAGACACAACUGAAUUGUUAUUUGUUGAAGACCUCACAGGACGUGGAGAUGGAGAGUUGUAGGUUCUACCCACUUGAUCUGACUAAAGCCUAUUUCCUGGAGUCCUCAAUAACAAGAGUCCAUCCCCAUGCAGCAGGUACCAUGUAGUUUUCCAGUGACUCUUGGUGGAUGUGCAGUUGUUGAUCAGUAAUACCUUGAACUCUCAAGUGAAUUUGCUGGCACUUUGAACAAGUUGGAAGUGCAUCCUCCAAGUAAGAGUUCCUAGUCAUCACAACAUAUAGCUAAAUAUGCAGUUGUCAAGAAUGCCCAGGUUAACAAGACAAAGAAUUGUAGUAUCAUAAUACUAAUUCCUUAAAUCAGGAUAGGACAUAUUAGAGAAACAAAGAUUAUACAUUAAACCAUUACAUAAAUAAAGUAUAACAGUUCAGAAAUUAGGGUCCUGAAGUUAGAAGGAAUAUUCCAAAAGGGAAAAAGUAGAGCAGGAGAGGGGUGGGCCUGGGUCUAGAACUUCCUAAGAAUUAUUCAAAGGUAACAUGAAAUCCCUUAUUUGGUUCUUAUAAUCUAAGAGAAACUGGACAGGAGCCAGUUAUGAAAGCUGAAAUGUUUUUUUAGGACUCUGAAUUCUUUGGGGCUUAGAAAAUAACAGGCAGCAGUUAGGAAAUGGAAGAUCCCAUUCUCAUGCCAAAAUCAAAAUACAAACAGGAGUGACCAUUAAAUGGGGAAAAAAUAUAUAUAUUUGUGUUCUUUGCUUUCCUGCCUCCUAUUUCCUUCUAGACUCAUGUCUGUGUUAUCCUUUUGUCUUUGAACGCAUUUUACAGUGACAUUAUAUAUGAUUAUGUUAUAUCGAGCAAUCAAAAUGUCCUUUUUCUACUCAGUUCCUGUUUAUCCUUUGCACUUAAAAAUUCUGCCUUUUUCUGUUUGUUGUUUUGUUUUUGUUUUUCCCUCCUUAGGUGCUCAGGAACAGCCCAUGGAAGAAUUAUAUGAAGAGGUGGUGAUUAAGAUUAUAGAGCAGGAGUGGACAUGUUUGGAUUUCCAACAGCUACCCUGCUGGACUGUCAUGGAAGAUAUGCCCAGAAUGUAGCAUUUUUCAAUGUGAUGACAGAAGCUCACCACAAAUAUGAUCACUCUGAGGCCACAGGAUCCUCAAGCUGGGAUUUCCAGAAUUCUUUCAGAAGAGAGAAGCUGGAACAAAAAUCCCCAGAUUCUAAGACACUACCGGAAGAUUCACCUGGGGUGAGACAGAAGGUCUAUGAGUGCCAAGAAUGUGGAAAGUCCUUCAGGCAAAAAGGUAGUCUAACAUUACAUGAGAGAAUUCACACUGGUCAGAAGCCCUUUGAGUGUACCCAUUGUGGAAAAAGCUUCAGGGCCAAAGGCAAUCUUGUUACACAUCAGCGAAUACACACGGGAGAGAAGCCUUAUCAGUGCAAGGAGUGUGGGAAAAGCUUUAGUCAGCGUGGUAGUCUGGCCGUCCAUGAGAGACUCCACACUGGACAGAAACCCUAUGAGUGUGCCAUUUGUCAAAGAAGCUUCAGGAAUCAAAGUAACCUUGCUGUUCACCGAAGAGUUCACAGUGGUGAGAAGCCCUAUAGAUGUGAUCAGUGUGGAAAAGCUUUCAGUCAGAAAGGAAGCUUAAUUGUUCACAUUAGAGUCCACACAGGUCUAAAACCCUAUGCCUGUACCCAGUGCAGGAAGAGUUUCCACACCAGGGGGAAUUGUAUUCUGCAUGGCAAAAUCCACACAGGAGAGACACCCUAUCUGUGUGGUCAAUGUGGAAAAAGCUUCACUCAGAGAGGAAGUCUGGCUGUGCACCAGAGAAGCUGCUCACAAAGGCUCACCCUUUGACCAUUCUAUUCAAAGGAAGUUUUAUUUCUGAAUUAAGGGUACAAAACCCUCUGUUACUGAGCUGCAUAUCCAAUUCUAUGGAAUGAAUGGAGAACAUUCCAGGAAAACCAGUAGGUUAAACAAACUUUUUUCCUUAUCCUCAGAUGAGUAUGAAAAAUAAAUGUCUUGUUUAUCAUUAUCAUGCA